AUGACUCAGGGCGAGGCCGGGGACGAUGCUUGGAUGCAGGAGGCGAUCAUCGAGUUCCUGCAGAGUCCGUGCUACAUCAACCCGCUGAUGACCUUCGUGGACGAGAAGUGCGUCGUCUUCCAGGACGAGGAGGAGAACGCCCUCGAGUACACGCAGCUCCACCAAGAGUUCAAGGACGUCGUCGACGGGCUCCUCACCACCUUCCUCGAGGACCUAGGCGUCUCCUUGGAGCAGUUUGCACAGACGGUCUCCACCUCGGGAGACAAGCUGUCGAGGACGGUCGUGGGGUGCCUCCUCGCCGCGGACGACUUCCUCCAGUUCAAGUCCCUCAUGGUUCACCGCAACCUGCACCUCCAGCGCCAGGUCCUCGACAUGCUCGAGGCGAGAGCGAAGCUCAAGGCCGAAGAAGCACAGGCCGCUGCCGCCGCCGCUGCCGCCGCCGCGGGGCAGGCUGAGGCCGAGCAGAGGGAGAUGGAGGCCGAGGCUGCCCGUCUGGAUGCCGAGACGGCGGCGAUCGAGGCUGCGGAGGCCAGCGCGAGCCUCGGGGUGGCCAACGGCGGCGAUGUGGUGUUCGCGGGGGCGCGCGGGCAGGGCGGGGAGGCGCUGGCGGCGAUGGUCGGGGAGCAGGAGCCGCAGUACGUGAACGAGGAGGCCGAGGCCGCGGUCGCGGUGGAAGCGGCGGGCCCGGACGAGGACGAGGAGCUGCGACAAGCUAUUGAACAGUCGAAAGAGACCUACAAGGACGAGGACAAGCGCACGCACGACUGGAAGGCCCAGGCGGCCUCCUUCGGCGACUCCGAGGAGGCCGCCAUCGCCGCGGCCAUCGCAGAGUCCCUCAGGCUCCAGAACGAGCUCGAUUUCAAGGAAGACGAGAUGCUCAAACAAGCUCUAGCCCUAUCUCUCGACGAAUCGCAGCCCGCGCCGGCCCCCAGCGCCCCUGCCCUGGACGCCAACGGCGCGGGCUCGUCCUCCGCGCCCAGCGCGCCCCCGGCGGAAGACGACACCGCCGCCACGGCGAACGCGCCCGUGGCGGCUCCGGAGCCGAAACUCGAGGCGCCGAAGCUGCCGCCGGUCGCGCGGGGGCCGUCGGGGCACCUGCAGCCGCCUCCGGCGGAGCUCGCGGGCCAGGCGGCGCUCGCGCGGCAGCAGGCGGCGGAUGCGGCGGCGGAGCGGGAGGCGGCGAGGUGCGCGGCGGAGGCCGAGGCGAGCAGCGGGCCGCCGGCGCCGGCGGGGGCGACGAGCUCGCGGGCGCUGAAGCUGCCGGUGCCGCCGGCGUUCACGCGGUCGACGUCGUCGGUGACGAACCGCGGCGCGGGGUACGUGUCGGCAGCGGCGGCGAGCGGCGGCGGCGGCGCGAGCGGGGACGCGCGGCAGGCGGCGAUGGAGGCGGCGAGGGCGCAGAAGGCAGCGCUGGAGGCGCGGCGGCAGGAGCUGGAGAAGAAGAAGGCGGCGGCGGGGCUCAGCGGAGAGGCCGGGAAGAACAUCGCGUCGCUGGCGUCGGGCCGCGCGAAGCUCCUGGAGCUGCAGCGCGCGGAGCGGGAGCGCGAACUCGAGCAGUACAUCGCGGCCAAGGAGCAGAAGGGAAGUGCAGCACGCGGGGCCGCGGGGGGCAAGAAGGCCGCGCCGGAGCGCGAGGCCGAGCGGGACCGCAUCUUCGGGGACCUGGCGUCGAAGAUCCGCGGCGACAUGAUUGCGAGGAUGGCCAGCAACGGCGCGGAGGCGGCGGCGGAGUCGUGA